AUGUUAACUGAUCUACCCCUUGAGUUGCUGAUUCACAUUGCCCAUCUGCUGAACUCGCCCCAUGCGCUCAACACGCUAGUCCAAACCAAUCAUUUUCUUUACGCCAGUCUUAACCCGAUACUGUAUCGAGCACAUGUACGGCAGCACUUUCCCAGGCCCCCUAAGGCUCUAUGCUGGGCUGCGGAAAAUGGCCGUCUGCAGACCAUUCAUCAACUAUUGGCUGCAGGCGCGUCUCUCCCCAGUCCACCAGUCGUCAAAGACAUCUCAUCUCAAGGGCCAACGGACUCCGAGGAUGAUGACUCCUCUGAGGAAGAAGAAAAUCGCUGCCACCCGAUCUUUCUUGCCGCCGAAGCGGGCCAUGGCGAGGUCGUCGACUUUUUCCUCUCCCAAGGCGUCUCACCAGACAUCAAAGAUAGAUCCGGUAGCACCCUGCUCUGCGCCGCCGUCCUCAAGCAGCAGUUCCAUAUAGCCGAGUCACUACUGCAACGAGGGGCGAACCCAUGGCAGCCCAAUGAUACUCAAGUCUCCGCUAUGGGCUGGGCAGUGACCAGAGAUACAGCAGGAACAAGAAACGAGCCAAGAUUUGUCCCGCUCCUCCUGCACUAUGGAGAAAAGCACCAGGCAAUUGAUCCGAGCCUGAAAGCGGUCGUGCUUCAAGAGGGACUGCUGAAAGCCUUUGCUCGGUCAGGAACCGAGCAUAUUGCACGGGAUUGAAGCAGUCCCUCUAGAGUAUCAAAAUGUAUCCCAGCUUCACCAUGUCGUUAAAGUGACUCAGCAGACUACUGUUGAAGUUCAGAUUGCAUAUGUGAUUAAGCUGCUAAUCAGCGGGAAAUCCAUCUUUAUAGUGAUAGGAAACUAAGGCGG